UUGGUGUGCCUUUUGGGGCCUUAUUCUUGCUAUGGAAAAUGAAAUUUGUCUGGAGGUGUAGGCAGAGUAAGGUACUCCGCUCCCAGGAGAUGAGGUUUGGGGGAGGGGCGCAUCAUGGGCGUGUGUGUGUGUGUGUGUGUGUGUGUGCGCGCAAAUGGAAGCCACUUCGUCCUGUCCUCGAGGGAGCCGAGUGGGGCUGGGUAGACUACCCACGGGGUCGCCCGGGCCUUAGUGCACUGUGGAGGUAGAGUAGCGUGAGUGCCGAGGGCGGGGGAGAGGCUGGGGUCCCAGGUCUGUCAAAGCGGGAGGGGCGGCACCUGCGGAAUCCGCCCCCAUGCUGCCUCCGCAGCAGCCUCGCUCCGCCCCAGGGGGACAGAGCGAAGGAGCCAGCCGGGCAGAGAGGAGCUAGCCUUCAGCGGCGCUAGCACAGAAAAAAAAAAAAAAAAAAAGGAGGGGGAGGCAGCUGGAGCUGGAGGACUAGGACUGGGGGUGGGGUGGGGAGAGGAGCCCGGGCCAGGAAAAGGGGCCAGUCCCUUGUCCUCUCUGCCUCGCCACCCUGCCAGGCAAGGCAGAAAUAGAACAGGUCAAAGCUCCUGUGUCCUUGAGAGUGAGAUCAGAUCUGCACUUCAAGUCUAGAUGAGAUACUGAGACCCAUUUAAGCGGAAGAGGAGAGAAGAGAAAAGAUUUUCCCUCCAGUUUGGGAAGGUGCUCUUGACUGGAGGAAUUGGAAAAGCUUCAUAUAGAAGGCAUUGCUUGAGCAGAAUUUUGAAGGAAAUGAAGGAUUCCAAAAGUCUUUGUUAAGGUGUGAAAGAGGCUUGGGUGAGCUUCGGCAUUCUGAGGCGGCCCGGAGGGGCCAGCAGCAGCUGCGGCGGCAGCCGUGGAAGUCCGAGCAGCCGCAGCAGCGGCAGCGGCGGCAGCCGUAGUGGUAGCGGCAGCGGCAGCGGCAGCCGGAGCAGCCUCGGGGGCGGCGGCGGCGGCAGCAGCAGGCUCGCGAAGUCUUUGCUCCCGCCUCAACCAUGAACGUGUCUCAGAAAGGUUAACACAGAGAAGCCAAGAUCAUGGGGAAUUCAUAUGCAGGGCAACUGAAAUCUGCCCGUUUUGAAGAAGCUCUACACAAUUCAAUAGAAGCAUCCUUGAGAUGUAGUAGUGUUGUGCCAAGGCCAAUUUUUUCUCAGCUCUAUUUGGACCCUGACCAGCACCCCUUCUCUCCUGCAGAUGUCAAACCCAAAGUAGAAGAUUUGGAUAAAGAAUUGGUACACCGCUACACUCAAAAUGGGAGUCUGGACUUUUCUAACAACCCAACUACUAAUGAAAUGGAAGAUGAAGAAGAGGAUGAGGAAAUGUCAGAUUCAAAUAGCCCACCAAUUCCCUAUUCACAAAAGCCUGCCCCAGAAGGGUCUUGCACUACAGAUGGUUUUUGUCAAGCAGGAAAAGAUUUACGUUUAGUGUCCCUGUGUAUGGAACAAAUUGAAAUCCCAGCAGGUUUUCUGCUAGUGGGUGCCAAGUCUCCAAAUCUUCCCGAACAUAUUUUAGUUUGUGCUGUAGACAAGAGAUUCCUGCCAGAUGAUCAUGGAAAAAAUGCACUUUUAGGGUUUUCUGGAAACUGCAUAGGCUGUGGAGAAAGAGGAUUUCGGUAUUUCACGGAGUUUUCUAACCAUAUCAACUUGAAGCUCACGACGCAGCCCAAAAAGCAGAAGCACUUAAAGUACUACCUAGUGAGAAGCUCCCAGGGCGUCCUGUCAAAGGGGCCUCUUAUCUGUUGGAAAGAAUGUAGAAGUCGUCAAUCCUCUGCUGCUUGCCACUCUGCUAAACCCAAUUCUUCGGUGUCAUCAACGGUAACCCCAGAAAACGGAACAGCAAAUGGGUACAAAUCAGGAUUCAAUCAAACAGAUUCACCAGUCCUCAGUCCAGCUAAUUCUGCUGUUAAUUUAAGUGGAACUCAGGAGCUGCCCAGGAACAAGAACCUGGUGAAACCUCUGGCUUUAUCUUUGCAGAUUGUAGGGAAGACGUACACUUCAGAUGCUGCUAAUGGGAACAGUAGUAAUGGAGGGAGAACAAAUCCAUCCAGCUCCAUCCCCACUCGCCCAGUGCCUCAUUCUGUGUCACCCAGACCUGGCUUUGCUGCAGGAGACCAAGCAUCCAUGUCCAGUUCAGGACCACCAAAGAAACGGCACCGGGGAUGGUAUCCUGGGUCACCUGUCCCUCCACCUGCCUUAGUUGUUCCUGUUCCUACAGUCCGACCUCUUGCAAGAACUGAGCCUCUUUUAUCUGUCCCAGUUCCUCAGUCCAUGUUAACUGGAAUUUUACAACCUCGUCCCAUUCCUGCAGGGGAAACUGUAAUUGUUCCUGAAAACUUGCUGAGUAACUCAGGAGUCAGACCAGUGAUUCUGAUAGGUUAUGGCACUUUACCCUAUUUCUAUGGAAAUGUUGGUGACAUUGUAGUCAGUCCCUUGCUUGUGAAUUGCUACAAGAUUCCACAUCUGGAGAGUAGAGAUUUGGACCAGUUGGGAUUAAAUGGAAGCCAGUUACUGAGUGUGGAAAACAUGAUUCUUUUAACUAUACAGUAUCUUGUGCGGCUGGGUCCUGAUCAGAUACCUCUCAGGGAAGAAUUUGAGCAGAUCAUGCUGAAAGCUAUGCAGGAAUUUACUCUGAGAGAGAGAUCCUUGCAAAUGAGUGCUCAGUGUAUCUCUGUGUCGCCAGGUCAACUCCCCUGGCUUGCUAGACUAAUUGCCAGUGUAUCUCAAGACUUGGUUCAUGUGAUUGUCACCCAGAAUUCUCUGGCUGAGGGCAUUUCAGAGACACUGAGAACUCUCAGUGAAGUGAGACACCAACAAAGACUUCCAGACUAUGUAGUGGCAAUCUGUGCAUCAAAGAUCAGAGGAAAUGAAUUUUGUGUGGUGGUCCUAGGUCAGUAUCAGUCCAGAGCCUUGGCAGAGAGUAUGCUUACCACAAGUGAGUUUUUAAAAGAAAUUAGUUAUGAGCUCAUCACAGGAAAGGUCAGUUUCCUGGCAUCCCAUUUCAAAAACACGUCUUUAGGUGAUGAUCUAGAUAAAUUGCUGGAAAAAAUGCAGCAGAGAAGAGGGGACAAUGUGGUCACCCCUUUCAAUGGUGACGUUAAUGAAUGUGUAUCAUCUCAGGAGGCAGCUGCCAUGAUUCCUACUCAAAACUUGGAUGUAGAUAAUGACACCUUCCAAAUUUAUCAACCACAGCUCACAGUUGCCAGAAAACUCUUAUCUCAGGUGUGUGCCAUAGCAGACAGCGGAAACCAAAGUCUGGAUCUGGGCCACUUCAGCAAGGUGGAUUUUAUCAUUAUAGUCCCACGUUCAGAAGUUCUAGUCCAACAAACUCUCCAACGAAUUCGACAAUCAGGUGUUCUUGUGGACUUGGGUCUGGAAGAAAAUGGAACAGCUUAUCAGAGAGCUGAGAAAUACGUUGUUCGGCUAGACAAUGAGAUUCAAACCAAGUUUGAAGUUUUUAUGAGAAGGGUCAAACAGAAUCCAUACACAUUGUUUGUCUUGGUUCACGACAACUCCCAUGUGGAACUGACAAGUGUCAUCUCGGGGUCUUUAUCCCAUGGGGAGCCGAGCCAUGGGUUGGCUGAUAGAGUUAUUAACUGCCGGGAAGUCCUGGAAGCUUUCAACCUCCUUGUGCUCCAAGUGAGCUCCUUCCCAUAUGCCCUGCAAACCCAACAGUCCAGAAUAAGCUCUGCCAAUGAGGUGCACUGGAUACCGCUGGACAGUGUGGAGGAAAUGGGCAGUGAAGAGAAGCUGUAUUUUGGCUUGAAUGAGUACAGCAAAUCCCUGCAGUGGGGAAUCACUAGUCCACUUCUAAGAUGUGAUGAGACUUUUGAGAAAAUGGUUAACACACUCUUAGAAAGGUACCCCAGGCUUCACAGCAUGGUUAUUCGCUGCUACCUUCUCAUUCAGCAGUACUCAGAAGCUUUGAUGGCUCUCACCACCAUGGCGUCUCUCCGAGACCACAGUACCCCAGAAACACUCAGCAUCAUGGACGACCUCAUCAGCUCGCCAGGAAAGGACAAGAGUGGGAGGGGGCACAUGCUCAUCAUUAGGGUGCCUUCGGUGCAGCUGGCUAUGCUGGCGAAGGAGAGGCUGCAGGAGGUGCGGGAUAAGUUGGGUCUUCAGUACCGUUUUGAAAUCAUCCUUGGGAACCCAGCUUCAGAACUGAAUGUGGCCAGUCACUUUGUGGCACGAUUAAAGAGUUGGAGAGGAAAUGAUCAAGAAGAGUGGAUCCCUCGGACCUAUCAGGAUUUAGAAGGUCUACCUUGUAUUGUAAUAUUAACUGGAAAAGACCCUCUUGGAGAAACUUUUCCCAGAUCCUUGAAGUACUGCGACCUCCGGUUAAUUGACUCGAGCUAUUUAACUCGAACCGCCUUAGAACAGGAGGUGGGCCUGGCAUGUUGCUAUGUCUCCAAGGAAGUCAUCCGAGGACCCAUCGUUGCCCUGGAUCUUAGUGAGAAAGAGCACGAGAGAGCCAGUGUCAGCGAAAAUGACUCCGACGAGCUGCUGAUUGACUUGGAGAGACCCCAGAGCAAUAGCAGCGUAGUCACUGGGACUUCAGGUUCCAUAGCGGAGAACGGAGUGAGCUCCUCCUGUACCGCCCAGAAGCAGCCUUCUUCCCUCAGCUUCCAGAACGCAGCGAACAGCUCACGGCUUGAGGAAGGGGUUUCUCCAGAAGCCCCCACCACGGGUGAACCCUUGAAACAAGAGUGCGAUUCCCUAGGCCAUCAGAUGGCGAGCAGCACCACCUCCAAGCCUUCCUCGUCCUCCUCCGUGUCCCAGGCUUUCCAAUGGCCGGGGCAGCCCAUCAAAGGCUGCAGGGAUUUCCACGUGUCCCUACCCCGCAUUGUGAUACUGUCCAAAGCCGCCUACUGCCUCCUGGGCUCUCAGAAGAGCGGCCAGCUGCCUUCCUCCUCUUCCCUCCUUCCUCACGCGGACGUGUCGUGGGUAAGCUCUCUGAGACCCUUUCUGCACAAGGAGAUGACCAGCGAGGAGCAGUCCCUCUACUACCGCCAGUGGACAGCCGCCCGGCAGCAUCACGCCGACUACAGCAACCAGGCCGAUGCCGCCGCCUCCCGGAGCUUCCACCCUCGAAGGCUGCUGCUCACGGGGCCCCCACAGGUGGGAAAGACAGGUUCCUAUCUGCAAUUCCUCCGGAUCCUUUUCCGCAUGCUCAUCAGAUUACUGGAGGUCGAUGUGUAUGAUGAAGAAGAGAUUAAUAUCAAUCACAACGAGAGCAGUGAGAGCAGUCUGUCGGAGAGGGAUCCUUGGCCCGACAUUGAGAACUUUGGUAAAAUGCCUUUUGAUGUCAGUGUACAUGACCCCAAGUACAAUCUGAUGAGCCCAGUAUUCACUGAAAAGUUGGCAGGAAUCAAGCAAGAAGCAAAAAAGGAAGGCAAAUUUGAAGAGUCCAGGAAACGAGAAACUGUAUCCAUGAUGCUGACCAAAUACGCCGCUUACAACACAUUCCAUCACUGCGAGCAGUGCCACCAGUACAUGGACAUCAGCCCCGCAUCCCAGAUGUCAGAUUCUACCCUUCAUGCAUUCACAUUCUCUUCCUCCAUGUUGGGAGAGGAGGUCCAGCUUCAUUUCAUCAUCCCCAAAUCCAAGGAAAGCCAUUUUGUGUUCAGCAAGCAAGGCAAACACCUGGAGAGUAUGCGGCUGCCUCUGGUGUCUGACAAGAAUCUGAAUGUAGUCAAGAGCCCGAUCUUCACUCCUUCCAGUGGACGACACGAACAAGGCCUGCUGAACCUUUACCAUGCCAUGGAAGGCAUCAGCCACCUUCACCUCCUGGUGGUCAAAGAGUAUGAAAUGCCUCUGUACCGCAAGUACUGGCCCAACCACAUUAUGCUGGUGCUUCCUGGCAUGUUCAACAAUGCUGGUGUUGGGGUCGGCAAGUCCUGUUUCUCCCUGAUGUUUCAGGUGGCCAUCUGCUAUGUGAGCUCCAGACCACACUCCAUCAACGUCAACUGUGAAGGGGUAUUUUUCAGCGGACUCCUUUUGUACCUCUGUGACUCUUUCGUAGGUGCUGACCUUCUUAAGAAAUUUAAGUUCCUCAAAGGUGCUACUCUAUGUGUCAUCUGCCAAGACCGAAGUUCCUUAAGGCAAACGAUUGUCCGCCUAGAACUAGAAGACGAAUGGCAGUUCCGCCUUAGGGACGAGUUCCAAACAGCCAACAGCAGUGAAGACAAACCUCUCUACUUUCUCACUGGCCGCCAUGUCUGAGCAGAAGAGACCAAAUUAAGGUGGUGGAGGAGGGAGAGGGAAUGAGAUGAUCGAGUGGGAUUUUUUUUCUUCUUCUUUUAAGUACAAUCAUUCUGGAGCAAAGUGCAACUGUUGUGACACUAAGGAUGCCCUCCAAAGGCCCCCAGACAGACCCAAAUCCCCCGAGGGCACUGAUGCCACUUCAGCUCUACUAUGAGGACCUGGGAUUUUAGGGUGACACCACCCUAGAUGGUUAUGCAAACUUCUUAGAAAAUGGCCUGCCAGCUGUGACUGAAGAGAGGACACACUCUGGAGAAUGACGAGCUUGUAGCUCUCAACGUCUUAUUUUGUUUUGUUUUCGUUUGAUUUGGGGGCAGGGGUGUUGUGGGGUUUUUUGUCUGUUUUGUUUUGGGGUGUUUUUUUUUUAAUUAUCUGUGUUAGGAGAAAAAAAAAACUGAUUUUCGGCAUCAGCUAGCCUGAAUGUGUUACAUGAGACUCACACCAGGGGUGUGCCACAGUGAAGAUUAACGUCCGAGGCCCAAAUCCUCCAGUUUUUCUUCAAAACUGUACUUUGGUACAGUAUUACUCAGGGGUUUGAAAUGACAGAAUGUAGAAGAUACUUGUAUUUAAAAAAAAAAAAAGUAGCAUUUGUUCUUUCUCUGUGCAGUGUUAGUAAGAUUUGUAAUUUUAUAUGUAUUGAAACUUUUGGCAAAAUUUCCACAGGAGUUAAAAGUUUACUACUUAAACCUGAACAAACAAGGCAGUAAAUGCAGAGCAGGCACGUGUGUGCAGCAUCUCCGAGUCUUGUUCCUUUG